CUUGAUUAAUAACAAGCCAAAACCAGAGAGAGAGCAGGCGAGUUUUGCCUUGUGGAAUCAAUAUCCUUCUCGCAUUGUAAGUCUCUGAACUGAAAGAGAGAGGGAAGUUUUUUUUUUAAAAAAGAUAUUUAAGCAUGACUGUUUCAGGGAUCGACAGCCAGCGCUUAAGGAAAUUUAUUCGGAAACAGACAGGUAGAAAUUUGAUCCUGGAUUGCAGACCGUUUCUGUCCUUCGCGGCAUCUCAUGUCCAAGGCUCGCACAAUGUGAACUUGAAUUCGGUGGUGGUCCGCAGGUCGAGAGGUGGCCCGGUCCCUUUGCAGUUCGUCAUCCCCGACGAGAAAGCCAGAGCCAGGCUCCGGGAGGGCAGAGUGUCCACCGUCGUGAUCCUGGACGAGAGAACUUCGCAGAGUCAGAGACUGAGUAAGGACAGCACUGCGCAGAUCGUGUUAAACACCUUAACUGCUGUCACAUCAACAGCGAAAAUCUAUUUCCUCAAAGGAGGCUAUGAAGACUUUCACUCUCAGUAUCCGGAAUGUUGCAGUGAGCUAAAGCCUAGCUUGAACUACACCAGCGUGCAAGAGGUUAAAGAAACUGAUGCAAGCCAUAUGAACCAACAUGAAAAGCCCUGCAGCAACCGCAGACCAGUCUAUGAUCAGGGAAAACCUGUUGAAAUCCUGCCUUUUCUAUACCUGGGUAGUGCUUACCAUGCCUCCAGACCAGACUUUCUAGAUGAUCUCCACAUCACCGCUUUGUUAAAUGUCUCUCGUGACUGUGCGGAGUACUUCAAAAGCAAAUAUCACUACAAAUUCAUCCCUGUAGAGGAUAGUGCAACUGCAGAUAUGAGUUCCCAUUUCCAGGAAGCAAUAGACUUCAUUGAUCAUGUGAGACACACAGGAGGGAAGGUCCUAGUCCACUGUGAAGCAGGCAUUUCUCGGUCACCCACUAUCUGUUUGGCCUAUCUCAUGAGAUCUAAGGAGCUGCGAUUGGAAGAAGCCUUUGACUACAUUAAAGAACGAAGAAACACGAUAUCUCCAAAUUUUGGAUUUAUGAACCAGUUAUUGCAGUACGAAUCUGAAAUCGUCUCCCUCGCCCCUACUGUCAAAUCCUGCAAAAGAGAGACAGUGUCCUGCUCUGCAGAGGAACUGACCUACAACAAAAGUUUGGAAAGUUCAGUUUACACUUUUCCCAGUUCACUUUUGAAUGCAGUGCCAAUACCAUCACCAGCCCACCAGUUUGAAUUCAGCCCAAUAAAGCUAUCUCUGUCAUGCUGAAACACAACACAGCACCAGAAACUAUGGAGUGGAAGAAACAUAAUUGAUGCGUUACUAAAACUAAGGUGAAUCCUGGCUGUUUCUGAGUGAUUUCAUCAAGUCCUGCAGUAUUUUGUGCUGCCACACUUAACUUUUCAUCUUGUGAUGGUUGCCCAAUCUCACUAACCAAUUCAGGUCAGCACAUUUUCUGCACAAAAGCUGCAUGGAAAUCAUGGCCAUGCCUGUAUGCAGUGGGAAUGCAGUAGUAACAUGAGAAGAUCGAGAUGGAAUGGGGAGGCAGCUGUGACUCUUUACCAGACCUGAAUGGAGUUUACGCUGAUUAUCAUCUUAGCUACAUGUUCUACAUCACAUCAACAUCCACCUAGCCUUUUGUAUCUAGGAUCUUUCAUUGUUUUGUGGCUCAAGUAUUCUGAGUAAAUCAAUGCAAACCAAAGGUGGCAUCAACAGUGUAUUCAAUGCUUCUGUAUUUAACCAUUUGGAUCAAUUCAGGGCUAUGUGUUCUUGUCUUGGUAUCAAACAAUUGCAUGAACAGUCUUGGUUUUAUAUGUGUUGUGUUGUACUAGGUAGAACAACAAGUAAAUAUUGUCAAUGCAUUUAAAAAAAGAGCCAUAACACAAAAGAAUGGGAGGGACAAUUAGAAACCUUUAUCAUCAUCGGUCAUGACCUGUGAUCUUUGUUCUGGGUUUAUAGUUUCAGAAUAAAGGCCUCAUUCAGGAUUUUAGGUGUACCUAAACCUUCACUUUGAAUAAAGCCAAAUUGAAAUUAAUUAAUUCAAUGAAAAUCAGUUUUUACCCCGAUGCCAAUUUUGACCUGAUUCUGCAGCAUCAGAAUAUUUUUCUGCAUCGUCACUAUUGGUUUCAAAACCAUAGGGUUCAGCCCAAGGGACCAUAGCUGUAUACAGUUACCACACACAUUUAUUCUAGAUCAUCUACAACAAAUUAGUGAAUUCCUCUUGCAAAGCAAGAACUUGCGUUUACAUAGUAUCCUGCAGGAUGUCCCACAACAAUUAUAUUUUUUGAAGUAUAGUCGCUGUUAUUAUGUAGGUAAGCACAGCAGUCAAGUUUGCACACAGCAAGAUCCCACAAACAGCAGUGAAGUAAAUGACCAGAUAGUGUAUUAUAUUUGAGGGAUCAAUUUUGGCCAGAACACCAGGGUAACCCCCUGGUCAUCAUCGAUUGUGCUCUGGGAUCUUCUAUGUCAAAUUGAACAAGAAGAUGGACCUUCGUUUCUUAUGCUAACAGAAAGAAACACCUCCGAUAGUUUAGAACUCUCUCACUACUGUGCUCAAGUGUCAGCCUAGAUUAUGUGUUAAAGUCCUAUCAUGAUGUGUGAAGCCAUAAACUCCUGACCAAGAGGGUAGAGUGCUACAAUUGAGCCAAGUUGGCAUUGGGAAGCUGCCUUUAUGGAACACCGUUAAGUUUAUUUUUUGCACAUUAUCCCCCGGUCUUCAGUCUGCCUGACCUUGGCACUUAUGUUCAUCUUGCUCUCAGACGCUUGCUAACCAUCACCACAAUGUAAUAGAGACAGAUUUUCAACUUUCUGGUAUUAUGGACCAGCUGUCUGUUAAUAGAAACCACCUGAUUUUAAUUGAAAAUCUACAAACAGAGGCCAAUCUGCACCACCGGAUUUAUGCCUGAGCGGGGAUUUGAAAGUCUACCCAUGACUCGUCCCGUCAGCUGCAUAGGAAGUCACUGCAACCUCCUUUCAUGGCUCAGCCCGAGAGCUGGAUGGAGUAGGGUUUAAUACCUAAUUAGACCCUUGGUCCAUUGUUGAGCCUCCAUAGUCUAAUACUCUGCCCUGUCAUACCAUUUUAUGUUAUCUGCAGAAUGAUAAUUAAAUUCUGACUCCUUCAUUUAUUUCUGUAUAAUUUGUCACAUUUUAUAUCCUAACCAAAACUGUUUUUAAGAACAGUCAUUUUCCCAGUUAAAAAACAGGGCAAUGACAACUACUUAAGACUGAGUGUGUAAGUUUAGGAAUCCUCUCACCUCAUCAAACAAGAAUCAUACCACCUCAUGACUAUAUUAGAACACUGCUACCUCUGAAGGUUGAAAUUAAAUGUUAAUAUAAUUUUUGGUGCUUUCUACAGUUACAAUGAUUUGAAGUAACUCUUGAAUCCCGUGUCCUGUUGCGCCAGCUGUCCUGCUGAGCACUGAAAUGCAGUUUGAGUCAUUGAUGUCAAGUUUGCCUCAGGAUUUUGUGAAUUAAUCUAUGAAACCUGUAACUGUUCCAGGGAAUGUUGCAAUAUCCUAUUGUAGAUGAGCAAUACGUUUUGGGAAUAUGUGCAGUGCUGUUUAUUUGUAUGUUUUUCUGUAUAGUGUCAAUAAAAUAAUGUUUCAAAUGGGAAAAAAAAA